CUGGGUGUGAGCUCAUCACCUCACUUCAUCACAGCCAUUGCUUGCGUCCUAGCUAGUGUAGGACAAACCGAGCUCGAGCUAGCGACCAGAGAGGGAGAGGACCUGGGACUUUGAGUAGAGGAAGCUAGCCAGUGAGAUCAGCAAGAAGAUGGGCAUGGGGUGGAAGGUUCUGAGCAACGCCAAGCCGUACCUGGCGAUGGUGCUGCUGCAGGUGGGGUUCGCCGGGAUGUACAUCGUCGCCGUGUCGUCGCUCAAGGGCGGGAUGAGCCACUUCGUCCUCGUCGUCUACCGGAACAUCGUCGCCACCAUCGUCAUGGCCCCCUUCGCCCUCUACUUCGAGAGGGGACUGAGGCCGAAGAUGACCAUCAGAAUCUUCAUCAAGAUUAUGGGGCUCGCAUUUCUCGAGCCCGUGCUUGACCAGAACCUCUACUUCACGGGCGCGCAGCUGACGUCCGCCGGUUUCGCGUCGGCGCUGAUCAACAUCCUGCCCGCCGUCACCUUCGUGCUGGCCCUGAUCCUGCGGAUGGAGAAGGUGCGGAUGCGCAGCCUACACAGCCAGUCAAAGAUCGCCGGCACGGUGCUCACGGUGGCCGGGGCGGUGCUGAUGGUCCUGUACCAUGGCCCCGCCGUGCAGUUCCCGUGGACCAAGGGCCAGCACCACGUCACCGGCGGCAGCGACGGCCAGGGCGGCGCGGGGUGGCUCAAGGGAACCAUCAUGGUCAUGAUCGCCUGCCUCGCCUGGGCCUGCUUCUUCGUGCUCCAGUCCAGCACGCUUAGGGAGUACCCGGCCGAGCUGUCCCUCACCGUGCUCAUCUGCGGCGUGGGCUCGCUGAUGAGCGGCUCCGUCGCGCUCGUCGCCGAGCGCCGGAACACGCACGCCUGGGUCAUCGGCUUCGACACCCGCCUCUUCACCGUCGUCUACGCCGGUAUCGUGUGCUCCGGAGUGGCGUACUAUGUGCAGGGCAUCGUGUCCAGGCAGAGGGGCCCGGUGUUCGUGACGGCCUUCAACCCGCUGUGCAUGAUCAUCACCGCCGUCAUGGGCUCCAUCAUUCUCAAGGAGGAGAUCACUCGUGGAAGUGUGAUUGGUGCGGCGAUCAUCGUGGUAGGGCUCUACUUUCUCAUCUGGGGCAAGAGCAAGGACGACGUCAGCCAAGCCUCCGGCGGCAGCAAAGGAGCCGGCGACCUUCCGCUGACCUCGGCGACCAACGGCCACGGCAGCGGCAAGCACGAGCUCAGCAAUGGCAACGCCAACGGCGGCCACGUCUUCGACGUCGAGACGCCGCCCGCCAAUGGACAUUACUAGUCAAUCGAUGGCCGAAUGAGCAGCUACGUACUAAUACUACACACGUCUAGCUACUUUUCCUGGUUGUGCAUCUUCGACGAUCGAUCGAUCAUGCCACCAGGGAGACGAUUUUUCUGCAUCAUUUUCUUCUUUGUCAGCUUCUCCUAAUUAAGAUCCUCGUGAAAGUGAGUGAGCGAGUGAGAUGUUCUAAUCAGCAAGUGUAACGGAUGAGACCCAUGACGUGUCCGGGUCUUCGUUAUUGCUUGCUUAAUUUAAUCAAAGUUGCUUUGCCUUAA